AUGUAUUCGAAAACACAGCAUAACGUUGGCUAUGGUGCAGUCGUUGCCCGCAUUCCCGCGCAUGCGGUCACCAAAUUACUUAUGCUCCUAUUCGGUGUCAUCUAUCCUGCCUGUACAGAGUUGGCGGCAGAAAUCAUGUCUGUGGAACAAGCCAAGGCCUACAAGGAAUACAUGUUCGUUGUCAGUGGGAAGCCGAUGAACAGCACCAAGCAAUCGCAGACAUUGUCCUAUCACACUGAACGGAUCAUUCGUAUUCCUCUCGGGCACCGUGACUUUCGACAAGUGAUGUGCAGCAUCCUGGUCAACAUUGCCAAGGUUGAUUUUGGGCAACCCGACGAGGACGACGAAGAUCUGCAUAUUAUACACUCUCAAUUCAACCAUGGGGUGAAGGUGGCGGAGAAGCAUUAUGGUCUACAAUCUAACGAUGCGAUCCCUCAGAUUUCUCACACUGCGGUUGCUGCCAUGCAGCUGGUUUCGGUGUGUUACCAUGUGAAACUGUCUCUGCUCCCUCCUUCCUAUGCGUCCACCUUGGAUGCCUUGCCUGAGAACAACCAGGAGCAGCGUCUGACGGAUCUGGUUAUUCCGUUGAAGCGACAUCUGGCCACGGAGAUGGGUCAGCUUAAAGGCGAUCUGAAGACUUGGAUCACAGAUAUUAUGGAUAGGAGAAUUGCAGGGAUAUUGGUGCACCUGCUGAAAGAGCUUCGUCCUUCUCUGCAAUCCACUUCUCAAAUGCAGGUCAUCCAAUCGCACACGAAUCGCUCACGGCCGCUUGUCGUGCACGAGGGUCUAUCUCAGACGCUGUUGUCUAUCCUUCCCAGUUCUCAGCUGCUUCGAUGGACCAUUCCUGAGCAGGCAGAGCUCGUGCAGUCAUCAUUGGGAUCGAAACAUGUCUUGGCUAUUCUACCGACUGGCAGUGGAAAGAGUCUCGCAUUUUUUGGUGCUGCGAUGCAGUCUCCUGACCAUCUGUAUAUUGUCGUCAGUCCUCUCGUCGCCCUCACCAAUGACCUCAAGCGUCGGCUAGGACAGACUCGUUUAGCAGGAGACCUCUGGAAUGCUCACCUGGAUGGCUCUCGGAUGCAGAUUGUGCUGGUAUCCAUCGACGUGGCAGUCAGGAAUGAUUUUUCGGUCUGGGCAGAGUCAUACAAGUAUCGACUGAAGCGAAUAUUCGUGGAUGAAGGCCACCUUCUGUAUGCCCACCAAAAGUUCCGUCAAUGCAUGGAUCUUCUCUCGAACCUGAUGCGCCUGUGCAAACCUAUCACCAUCCUCUCUGCGACUAUUUUUCCGCAAUCGGAAAGCCUCAUUUGUGAGAGGUUAGGCAUCGACCUCGCUCAUGUUCACGUCAUUCGCGUGUGCAUAGAACGCACAAACGUACGCUACCGGGUAAGAUAUGUGAAGCCCGCACUUCCACCGGCAGAACCGCAGACAGAUUCUUUCCAACCUGAUCCGAACAUGGUUGCAGAACUGAUGUGCAUCCGCAACACUCAUUCUCUGGAUGAGAAGUCUCGCGGCCUAAUUUAUUUUACCUCUAUCACGAAGCUCAAUGCCUUUGCUGCUAAGCUUGGUCUUGCAUCCUACCAUGCAGAGAUGGUUCAAGGCGAUCCAGUGGUGAACAAUGCGCUAAAAGCUGACGUUGUGGAUGCGUGGUGCAAGGGCAAAGAACCUGGGCACCGCUGGCUGUGUUGCACUCAGGCAUUUGGAGCGGGUGUGGAUUAUCCGCAUGUCAGGGUGGUGGUACACGUUGAUCCGCGCGCUGCCAUGUUCUACCUGCAAGAAAGUGGACGGGGAGGUCGUGAUGGGGAUCCGUAUUUUUCAUACGUGCUUUGGCAGAAGAAACCAUUUCUGGCGGACCCCGAACUUGACCCUCACGUCGGUGUUCUCCCCAUGUUGGAAUUUCUCACUACCAGGAGCUGUAGGCGAGUGGCGUGGUAUGACAUUAAUCCCCAUGUUCAUUCUUGCUGCGCGAUGAAUGCGGAGAGGUGUGAUAAUUGUAACAAGAUGUCUGAGGUAGGACAUCUUUUGCGUUAG